AAUUUUACUAACCAAGUUAGAGUGCCAACGCGUUUAUUCCGUUCUAAACUAGUGAAAGGAAAUUUAUUUAUUUUCCUUCCUAAUUUUCAUUCUUACCAUAUUUUCCACCAAUCCAAACAUGAAGAAACAAACCAGAAUCCACUAGCAAUCUGUAACGGGAGAGACCCCUAACUCCUUAUAAAAAUAAAAAUAAAAAAAAGCCAGAAAUCAAAACCCCUCAUCCCGGAAAAGACCCGUAUUUCUCUUUCCUCCAUAAACCCUUAUUUCAAAAUUGAUCUUCUCCAUCAAGAGUACCUUAUCGCAUUUGACGCCAAGAAAUUUCUGAUCCAAGAUCCAUAAGCUCAUUUCCUAUUGAGUUUGUGUGACCUGACUGUGUGUUGAGUUGGUUACUGAAUUCGGCAGUGAACUGAGUAAAGUAUUUUGGCAUCAUAUUGGAAAGUUACUGUCUACAAGCUAAUCUGAUUUCCUCCAUUGUUCAUAGGUCGCUGCUGACGUUCCCAAUUAUCCAACUAUAGGUGUCAAAGUAUGGGAGACGGUUCUCCUUGUUUUCAACUGAAUCACUCCCAUUGCAUGUACUUAUAUCAUUGAAGCUGAUUACUUCAAGAGAUCUGCCCAAUUCAACAGAUGCCCGGUCUAUAGGCAUCCCGCUUGAGUCUUGACUCGCCCAUCAAGCACACAAAAAUGGCCUUCUCAGAUCAGAACCUCUUUGAUUACAGCCUCCUUGCUUUCUAUCUCAUAGGACCCCCUACCUUCAUAUCCCUCAGGUUCCUUCAAGCCCCAUAUGGAAAACACAACCGACCUGGCUGGGGUCCGACCAUUUUCCCGCCUUUGGCUUGGUUUCUCAUGGAGAGCCCUACUCUCUGGCUCACCCUUCUCCUCUUCCCCUUUGGCCAACAUGCCACCAAUUUCAAAGCCCUAAUUCUUAUGUCCCCUUAUAUCAUCCACUAUUUCCAUAGGACUUGCAUCUACCCUCUUCGUCUUUACCUGAAUGCUAGUCAGCAGAAUACUAAAGCAGCUAGCGGGUUUCCAGUCAGUGUGGCCCUGAUUGCAUUCGGGUUUAACUUAUUGAACGCUUAUUUGCAGUCCAGAUGGGUAUCUCAUUACAAGGAUGAUUAUGAUAGUGAUGGGUGGUUCUGGUGGAAGUUUAUAGGUGGAUUAUUCGUGUUCAUUUGGGGCAUGUGGAUUAAUAUUUGGUCAGAUAGGGUUUUGGUGGGCUUAAAACGACAGGGUGGUGGGUAUAAGGUGCCAAGAGGAGGGUGGUUUGAGCUGGUGAGUUGUCCUAACUACUUUGGGGAGAUUGUGGAGUGGGUUGGUUGGUCUUUGAUGACAUGGUCCUGGGUUGGGUUUGGGUUUUUUCUCUACACAUGUGCCAACUUGGUUCCGAGGGCACAUGCCAACCACAAGUGGUAUCAGGACAAGUUUGGAGAAGAUUACCCCAAGAGUAGAAAAGCUGUCAUUCCUUUCUUGUAUUGAAACCAAUUUCUCUAUCAUGUUCGAUUUGUGAACGAAAGAAUCGAAAUUAAUUUUUGAUCAGUUUUGAUCUUGUGUCUGCUUACAACUCAUAAUUUGCUAGUAUUAAUAAUGAAAGAACCGAAAUUAAUGUUUGAUGUGGCCAAAA